AUGACUUCGAUAUCUACCGUGCAAGUACCAGGGUCUCUAACUUUUCUCUACGGAGUGCUAUCUCUAAUGGUAGCAUUUCUGAUUGGGCAGGCUUUCUACAAUAUCUAUCUUCACCCGCUUCGAAAAUUUCCUGGUCCCAAGCUCGCGGCGAGCUCGAAUAUAUGCUACAUCUGGUGGUCAAUCUCCGGGAGAAUACAUGCUAGGUUCAAGGAAUUGCAUGACCAGUAUGGCGAUGUUGUACGCGUUUCGCCCAACAUCCUGGUAUACAGAGGCUCCAACGCUUGGAAAGACAUCUAUGGUCACCGUAAACAUGGUGCCAGUUCGUUCAUCAAGGAUCCCGAGUUCUAUAUCCCAAGCCCAAACGGCCAGCAUAUACUUACAGCAAGUGAUGCCGAUCACGCGAGAGAGCGGCGGCUAUUGUCUCAUGCAUUCUCCGAGAAAGCUUUGAGAGAACAAGAGUCACUAGUACAGCAUUAUGUGGAUCUUCUCAUCGAGAAACUACAAGCUGAAUGCGCUACUUCGCGAAGCACGGUCGAUAUCAUGAAGUGGUACAAUUACACCACCUUUGAUAUUAUUGGAGACCUAGCCUUCGGGGAGCCGUUUGAUUGCCUGCGGGACAAUCGCUACCAUCCCUGGGUGAAGAUGGUCUUCCGAAGUGUGAAAAUGAGCGUCUUCCUGAGACUCGUUCAUCUGCAUCCAUUACUAGAAUCGCUGGUCAAGAAAUUACUCCCAAAAGAAGCUGCGAGAAUGAGGAAUGAGCACUGGCGCAUGAGCAAGGAAAAAGUCGGGCGGCGUCUUGAUCUGCAAACUAGCAGGCCGGACUUCAUGUCUUACAUUCUCAGACACAAUGACGAGCGAGGCAUGACGCGGCAGGAGAUAGAAGCGAAUGCAGGUGUUCUUAUUCUUGCUGGUAGUGAGACAACCGCUACCUUGCUGUCCGGCUGCACUUUCUAUCUUCUGAAACACCCAGAAAAGUACAAUAAGCUCGUCCAUGAAAUCAGGGGGGCUUUUCAGAAGCAAGAAGAUAUCACCUUCCUUACAGUGGCUAGACUUCCGUACUUGCACGCUGUUCUCGAAGAAAGUCUACGAUUAUAUCCUCCUGUGCCUGGAUUUAUUCCAAGAAAGGUCCCGAUGGGCGGCGCUUCCAUUGAUGGUCAAUAUGUCCCGGGAGGUGUCUCUGUAUCUGUAGUACCAUUCUCGGCGUCUCGGGCUAAAUCCAAUUUCGUUGAGCCCGAAUCUUUUAUUCCUGAGCGCUGGUUGGGGGAAAGGGAUCCUAGGUUUGAGUCAGAUAACCGAGAGGCCUCGCAACCCUUCUCCUUUGGUCCUCGAAAUUGCCUAGGGAAGAAUCUCGCCUAUGCUGAAAUGCGCCUCAUCGUUGCAAAGCUGCUCUGGAACUUUGACCUGACCCUCCAUGGAGACUGCUGCGACUGGGAUGAUCAGGCAUCAUAUAUCAUUUGGCAGAAGCCUUCUUUGAUAGUGAAACUGAAGGCUGUCAGAGAUGAAGGUGGUUCCGAUUCGAGAUUAUCGGAGUGA